AUGGUGCGGUCAAGUGGGACAUCAGCAGUAGCAUCGCCGUCACCGUCACUAGCUCGCACUGGUGCUGUUGCUAGUACUACUGCUACUGCUGCUGUUACCGCACCUCGCGUUGGAUACCAACGUCCACCAUCUGCUCAGAAUAAUCACCACCAUAACCACCACCCUCCCCCUCACCAUAGAUCUACCUCAUCGGCAUCGAUAUCGUCAACGUCAUCUGGGAAGGGGGUGACCGCUAUAGCGGCUCCAGUGCACGUGGUGUUAUCGCCUGGCUUUGCAAAGUUUGAAAAAGAGAAAAUAAUACCUUCCACAGCUCAGGUAGAGAGCUCGGAUAGUCAGCGUACUAUUAGGGGCCGUAACAUUGAUCUUUUUGGCAUCUCCGGGAGCUUCGAUAACGAGGCAAAUCUUAUUGCGACAUCUCCCACCACCAUCACAAGCACUACUACCAAUACCACCACUAAUAACACACCUUCAACCUCGUCCACACCCACAGCUCCCCAAUCCAAUUCGUCGCCGAUAUCUAGGUUCCGCCCUGCAUUAAAAUUGCACUCCCACACAAACGACGCGGUUUCUCAGCUUUCUCCAGCAAGACGUCUUCCCGGUCCUGUUACUGCUAUCGCCGCAACAAACCCCUUUCCAUUAAGCUAUUCCGGAACGAGUUCUUCCAUAACUACGCCAUCGACUGGAACAUCCGAAGGGUCUCAGUUCUGGAAAUCGUCGCCCCCGCGGCCUCGACGUACGAAUCCCGCUGCGCAAUUAUCCAUCGCUACCUCGUCCCCCGCUCCUUACUACGGGAUCAACAAUACUCGCACACAACAUCGUAGCGGCAAGGAGGAUCCAUCGCUUCUCCCCGCGUCCGCGCCAGAGCCGAAGAGUUCGGUUUUUUCGCCCACUGAUUCUGUAAAGGCAAGGGGGUCGCCGAAGGCCAAAACAAGGGAACACAGGUCGCCUAGUCAGAAGGCGAUGUUAUCAUCCGCUCUGCAGAAGGCCAACACGGCGGUCACGCUUGACAAUGCAGAGAAUUACGAGGGCGCAAUGGUGGCAUACGGGGAUGCUUGUGCGUUACUGGAACAAGUAAUGAGGAGAGCUGGAGGAGAAGAGGAUAGGAGAAAAUUGCAGGCUAUACAACAAACAUAUACCCAGCGCAUCGAGGAACUAAAAGCGCUCGCCCCACGGAACGCGACUGUACAGAAACAGCUCCCCGCGCGCCCGCUCACAGAGGAAUACACAGAUCGUGAAAGCCUCUUCACGAUUGACGAUGAUGGCGAAUCCACAAUGAUAAUUUCAACCGCUACAGCAACGCCUGUCUUUGGUAAGGGGCGCUAUGGGAAUGGUUCAGAAAACUUGAUGCCACCAAUAUCGCAUGAGACCGUACUUCCACUACCAAUAUCCGUAUCCAAUAGACGCUCAGCCGAACUUAUACCUCUCCCGCAACUGUCCCCAGUGAUAUACGCGCCCAUAUCACCCAGGAGAGAGGAUUUCAUGGAGGGUGAUGGUGAUGUGAUGACGAGAUCAUUUAUGGAGCAUAACAAUCGGGAAUCAUUCACAUUUGGCGCUGCUGCACUCUCACCAAGGUUUUCGCCGCAGAAGGAACGGGAUUAUGGGAUUCGGAGAUCGGGCUCUGAUGCUUCUUCAGUUUCGUCGAGGCGAUCCUCACAUCGACAGUCAAAUAUGAGCAAUUUGUCAAAUACUACGCAUUCCCGACAAGGAAGUGAGGUGUCGACGAGUUGGCUGAACACAAUCGAUGAAUCCGGGGGAUCGGUAUCCGGAGAGUCAUCGCCAGGCUGGACGAGGAAAAAGCCACGGCGGCAGAGUGAAAGGGAGAUACGUUUGGAAAGAGAGAGACAGAUGCGGGAGUUUGUGGAUGAUUUUGAUGCACAAAUGGAUGCUGCUGUGGAGGCGGCCUACGACGAUCCUUACGAAGUGGACUACACAUACGACCACCCAACCUACGAUCGGGAUGAGGAAAUGUUAAUGAUGAAAAGCCCACGUUUAAAUGUGGAACGUGCAAAGCAACGGGUGCGAGAGGUUGAGCGGGAAAUGGAAUUGGAGAUAGCCAGGGAGAAGGAGCGGAAGCUGGAAAGAGAGCGAUUGGGGUUGGUUGAGCGACGGCGUCACUCGGAAUUAGAUUUCUUUGACGAUGGAGAUGACGACGAUGAUGACUCAGAGGAUGAGCGCAUGUUGGAGGAAAUGACAAGAGGGUACACCCUGGAUGAUUUUGAAUUCAAUUUGGACUCAAAAACAGCGUUACCUAGAGAAUCAGGAGCCUCAUAUUCCGAUUCGACUCUUCCUGUGCGAGAAUCGGGAAGCAGUGGAUAUUCAGGAACGACAUGGGCUAGUUCUAUUGGGUCUGCGCAUAUGCUUAAUGUUCCUACGCCAUUAUCUACAGUUGAUGAGGCGCCUUCUACGCCACCGCCAUUUCAAUCACCACCGUCUAUACUACCACAUCAAAGUCCGUCUCCGAAAUAUAGACCUCCUGCAUCUGUACAUACGGAACAUCUUCCAUUGGCUCCCGCUCCCCUUUCAUUCUCAUCUUCCAAAAGAGAAAUAACGGAACCAGUCCCAAACCUUCCAAUCCCUAACAUUGCUUCAAUCCCUAGUUUAUCUGUUUCAAAGUCUUCUAGCGUUAGGUCCCGCCGGCUCUCCGCAUUAUCAGAACCUCUGAAGAUCGAGACAUCACCGUCCGGAAACGGCUCCUCAAUUUAUGGUGUUGUUCCUACAACUAUAGUCCGCGGACCUUCUCCAUCUGUACCAAAUGUGGAUUCAGAGCUUUCUACGGAUUACUCUUCAUUACCACCCCCGCUCACUCCACCUUUAAAUAUCCCCCCUAAAACCGCAGGUGCAGCUAUUCCCUCACGGCCGAGUACUUCUUCUGAACUGAGGGAUGGACCAAUACCGACACCACCAGCAACAACAGCCGGAAACUAUACUGGAAGAAACCUUCACUCUCCUACUCCGUCAAGCUUGGAGCCUCCUGCUUCUCCAUCCAGGUUUACGGCAAGGAUCCCUGGCCUCCCAGGUGCACUUAGGCAAAUCCAAUCAUCCGCGAGCUUGAAGAGUCGUACUUUAGCAUCUCCAGAUCAGGAAUCCUCACCCGUAAACUCCAGCAGUGGAUUAUUUUCGUCUAGUAGCACCUCAAAUUUGCGGAAGGCGUUUCCCAGGAGUGCUACACCAGCUACCCCAAGCAUUGUCCCAGGGACGCCAAUGGGGCUUCCGCCCACCGCUGGACUCCAGGCUGGAGGAAUGCAUCUGUUUGAAAACAAACUUCAUUCGCCUGCUACUCCGAGUAGCGCAGAUCACUUGGCGGCCGGUCAGCCCGUCCCGCUUGAACCAUGUCCAGGGGAGGCUUUAAGUAAACCAUAUUGGUUGAUGAGGUGUCUCUACCAAACUGUGGUGCACCCAAGGGGCGGGUAUAUUUCUGCGAGAGUAUUUGUGCCACGUGAAGUCUGGUUCAUCAAAGGCGUCAAGAUCAAGGCCAUCGACGACAAGAUUUCUUGUUGUGACCUUGUCAGCGCUGCAUUGGGAAAACUUGCAACUGUAAACCAGGACAAUGUUAACGCCAUCUAUGAAGAGAUGCAAUCCCUUGAAGGUGUUCUUGACCGUGUUCAGGCUGUUCUCUCAAAAAAGCUCGGUAAUGAUGUUGGGUCAUCUGGUGCACGUGCCAUGUAUGGCACCGAUGGGUCUAUUCCAGAGAACGGAAAUUCAGACAUGAUAACCAAAAGCACUGGUGUCAGUGGUGGGAAGAGCUACUUUUCGUUGAGAAAGCUGAGGACAAAGAACUCCAACACAGCUUUGAGUUCUUUUGGAAGUUCCAGCAAUUUGGCGGGGGACUUCAAUUAUGCUGCAAAAGGGUUACCGAAGGCUGGGAACGAUAUAGCGACUCAGCCUGUAAGGAAUUUGGAUGGGGUGACAUUUGGGGGACCUCAUGCAGCUUAUAUUGGCGCUCUAGCGAAGCUUUUCGAUGCUGCUCAGAUAUUGGACCGAUUGAAUGUUCUAGAUGAUGACAACAACUCUGGAAAGAAGAUACCCAUGACCGUUAAGGUCGGCCUGGAAUUGAGUCACCGUCACGCCGCGGAAUUUUUCGGUUUCUAUAUCUGCCGCUUCGUUCUCACCGAUGUCACCUUAUUGUUAGACAAGUUCGUGAAGCGCGGGACCGAAUGGGUUUCUGCUCCCUAG